UAGUUGCGAUUAGCAUUACGUCAUGCUUGUGCCAUUAAUGCCUUUGGGGUGGCAUGGAGGGGACAUCGACGUAUACGCCAAGGUUACUACUACAUAGAUACACGCCCCCACUGAUGUGAAACAUCCUCGAACGACCAAAGUUGUUUGCUGCCCUACACUGGACAUCGACCAUAUGAAAUUACGAUCGGCGAGGUAAAACCUCGUUUUUAAUCAACGCUAUUGCGAUGGAUGACGAACAAAACUGGUUUGACAAAUUUACUGUUAUUGUGGAACAGAAUAUUAGAGGUGUACAGAUCGGCAUAUAUUCUGUGGGCGUGAUCGGACUUGUUGUGGCCUUGAAAAGUGUGCGACCGUUCUCACGCUUUGUAAGGCCUCAAGACAUUCCAAAAACCUUUGUGGAACGCCAUGUGCCGUUAAAGGGGCGAGUCUUAGGGGUAGAACUAGGUGGUCCAACUACACCACCAUUGCUAAUGGUGGAUCAUCAACCAAUCGUAUCCCUUACACGGCAGUCGUCUUCUUGUCUACCUGUACAUAUUGCUGGUGUUGACAUUUCUGGCAAUGGAAUUUCUUGGAUGCAGUCUGUACUGGUUGGAGAUCAAGUGAAGUUCACACCACUGAAAAUUAAUCCGAGCAAUGUUAGCUGCAUAGUGAAAGCGUCGAAAGGUGAUGUGGCUGUAGACCUUGUCUCAGUGGGAUUUGCAACAGUGUCAGCACUGGACUUCACAUUGGAAAAAGAUCCACUUUACAUCACGUACUACAAAAGACUGUUGAAGACUGAGAAACAGGCAGAGCGUAAGGGGCAUGGUAUGUGGGCCACUAACAGCACAUGGUUCCAACGGAUAUGGAGAAAGCAUUGAAGAUGACAUAUUGAAGUAAAUGAAACAAAAGCAGGUUUAAAUCAAAGGAAAGAGGUAACAGUUUCAAAAUAGCUAUGUACUGGUAUUAACAUGUGUCAUAAGUGGUUGUACGUAGUUUCAAAUAUUAUUUUUCACUGUUAUUUAUACUAUUGUGGAUACAUUAUCUAAAAUCUUUAUUGGACAAUAAAAUUUUGUACAAUUUUCUGUACUGAUACUGAUUUGACUGAUGACAGUGUAGUGUAUAUUUACGAUUUUUUUAAAUUUGAAAAUGAAGUAACCAUUGUGGCAGUAUUUCAUAUCAUGCUACAAACAUCAGCAGUUUAUGCUGUUGUCUGAUAUACUAUACACUUGUUAUACUUGAUGUAACCCUAUUAAAAACUGUUCUUAUUCCAGAGGCUUGUUUAUUUCCUAUGUUAUCAUGUCAUAAGGAGUGACUGUCACUCACUAAAUUGAAAAUAAUGAAAAAAGUCAAAUUAAUCAUGUAACCAGUUAACAAGAAUUUUGAUCAUGGUGCUUCUUUUAUAAAAAACACAUUUGUGCCUUAGUAAAAGAUUGUGAAGGUUGUGAAUAUGUAGUUUAUGUCAAUUUGCCAGUGGUUAUUUUGAUAAUUUGGAUGUAUAUUCUGUAAAUAAAGUGUUUUCUCUUAA